UACAGCCAAAGGCGGCCGGAAGUCAGCCCCGCGACUGGGGAUGGUUUCACAUUGCACAGAAUUUAAUGUUUGCUGUCCGGCUCUGUGAGGAGCUUUUAUUUUUCGCUACCAGACGUUAACACGCCGGACAGAGGUUCGGUUUUCAGCAUCAUGGACAUCCCCACACCCCCAGAAGACCAAGAGCUUCGCAAUGUCAUCGACAAACUGGCGCAGUUCGUGGCCCGCAAUGGGCCCGAGUUCGAGAAGAUGACCAUGGAGAAACAGAAGGACAAUCUGAAAUUCUCCUUUCUCUUUGGAGGAGAAUACUUUGGAUACUACAAGUACAAGCUUGCUAUCGAGCAGCAACAGCUGCUUUGCAAACCUCCGGGUAAAGAGGUCAGUGAUGUUCCUCCCCCGAUGUCUAUGCUGGCCCCUCCACCGAUCCCUCCCACCACACCUUCAGUGGAGGAGCUCAUUCAGCAGAGCCAGUGGAAUCUCCAGCAGCAGGAGCAGCACCUGAAUAGUCUCAGACAGGAGCAGGUGACCGCAGCCAUCGCGCUGGCUAUGGAGCAGCAGACCCAGAAACUGCUAGUGGAAACACAGCUGGACAUGACUGAGUUCGAUGGCCUUCUGCAGCCAAUUAUCGACACCUGCACCAAGGAUGCCAUUUCGGCUGGAAAGAACUGGAUGUUCAACAACGCUAAAACCCCGCAGCACUGCGAGCUGAUGACCUCACAUCUGCGCAACCGCAUCACAGCAGAGACAGCACACUUCGAGCUCCGCCUACACCUCAUCUAUCUCAUGAAUGAUGUCCUGCACCACUGCCAGAGGAAGAACCAGAGGGAUUUGCUGGCCGCUCUGCAGAAGGUAGUGGUGCCAAUCUAUUGCACCAGCUUUUUGGCUGUGGAAGAAGACAAGCAGCAGAAAAUUACACGGUUGCUCCAGCUGUGGGAGAAGAAUGGCUACUUUGAUGAUGUCACCAUUCAGCAACUCCAGAGUCCUGCUCUUGGCCUGGGACAGUAUCAGGCAUCUCUGAUCACAGAAUAUGCCGGGGUGGUGCAGCCUGUGCAGCUGGCCUUCCAGCAGCAGAUCCAGGCACUGAAGACGCAGCACGAGGAGUUUGUGUCCAACCUGAAGCAGCAGCAGAGCGUCGCUGCAGCAGCCGCAGCGGCCGCCGUCGGCCAGUUAGCUCCGCCAGAGGCCGAAGUUAAAGUGACCCAGCCGCCGCUGACUUCUCAGUCUGCAGAGGUGAAGCCUCCGAUGGCUGGCCCUCCUCCAGGUGAUUAUGAAGGUGCUCAGACGAGGCCACCGGACUCUAAUCCUUCUAAUCCUGACAUUCAGUCCACCAAGCCCGGCUGGUUCGACCCUCAGCACAGCAUGCCACCCUGGAACCCACAGCAACCACCACCAUUCGAUCCCACUCAAGCACCCCCUCCUUGCCCACCCUGGAACAGUCACGAGGGGAUGUGGAAUGAGCAGAGGGAUCCCAGCUGGAGCGGUCCCCGAGAGGGAGGUCCAGGUGGCCCAGGGGGUCCAGGUGGCCCAGGAGGCCCAGGAGGACCCGGAGGCCCUCCUGGAGGUCCCGGCGGACCCGGUGGUCCCUGGGGCGGACAGAACGAACCCCCACCCUCCUGGAGCGGGCAGUUCGACCAACCACCCUGGAGCAAUCAGCCAGAUCAGCCCCCGUGGAGCCAGAGGGAGCCUCCUUUCCGCAUGCAGCGGCCGCCGCACUUCCGAGGACCCUUCCCACCCCACCAGCAGCCGCCCCCCUUCAACCAGCCCCCACCACCCCACAACUUCAACCGCUUCCCGCCACGCUUCAUGCAGGAUGACUUCCCACCGCGGCACCACUUUGAGCGCCCACCGUACCCACCGCAUCGCUUCGAUUACCCACAGGGAGACUUUCCUGGAGAAAUGGGCCCACCCCACCACCAUCCAAACCAGAGAAUUCCUCCACCAGGAAUAGCUGAACAUCCUCCAUGGGGUAGCAACCAGCACCCUGACUUUGGACCCCAACCCCACGGCUUUAACGGUCAGUCCCCUCAUAUGAGGCGCCAGACCCCAUCUCAUGUGACCCAGGAUGACCCCAGUCUGGUCCCCAACGUCCCAUACUUCGACCUGCCAGCAGGCCUCAUGGCUCCUCUGGUUAAACUGGAAGAUCAUGACUACAAACCUCUAGACCCCAAAGACAUCCGACUGCCUCCCCCCAUGCCCCCCAGUGAUCGUCUACUGGCCGCUGUGGAGGCUUUCUACAGUCCUCCUUCACAUGACCGACCCAGAAACAGUGAGGGCUGGGAACAGAACGGCCUGUACGAGUUCUUCAGAGCCAAAAUGAGGGCAAGGAGGAGAAAGGAGGAAGAGAAACGCAACAGCACACGAGGAAGUCGCUCUCGAAGCCGUUCCCGCAGCCGCGGCAGGUCAUCGUCCCGUUCCAGCUCCAGAUCCUCCAAAUCCUCACGUUCCAGGUCGUCCAGGUCACGAUCUCGGUCCCGCUCCUACUCCAGAUCUCACUCCAGGAGCAGGAGCCACUCCAGAUCAAGGUCCAGAAGCCGCUCCCGCUCCAGAUCACGCUCUAGGUCACGUUCACCUGACCGGAGGCGACAUGCUGCAAAGUCCAGCAGUCCCACACCACCCUCCACUUCUGGACUGGGGUCAGGGCCCUCAGCUCUGCCUGCUGAAAUGAGGUUGGGAGAAGAAAACAAGGGCCAUCAGAUGCUGAUGAAGAUGGGAUGGAGCGGCUCUGGAGGACUCGGUGCGAAAGAGCAGGGCAUUCAGGAUCCCAUCAAGGGGGGUGAUGUGCGAGACAAGUGGGACCAGUACAAGGGUGUGGGAGUAUCACUGGAUGACCCAUAUGUGAACUACCGGAGAAACAAAAGCUACAAUUUUGUCGCACGGAUGAAAGCCAGAGAGAAAGUGAGCCGGGAUCCACAGGAGGCCCCAACUACAGAGUGAUUCUUCCUAACAUUGUUUUUUUUUUUAGACCUGAAAAGCCCCUGCAUAGAUGUCUUUCACUUUCUGUUCUGAAAAUGGUUAUUCUGUUUGGUUUCUUUAAUUGUAAUAAAUCAAAAUGUCAAGUCAUGUUGUAGUUUGAACAUGAAAAGUCCUUGCAGUCAGUUAAAUUUAGCCUAGAUUUAAUACUCAGCACAAGGAAAUAAAGGCAUUUUAAACAUGUAA